AUGACCAUUGGAUCAACCCAUUUGGCUGCCCAUCCCUUGUAUCCUUUAAUACUAGAGUUAUGGCAGCUUCGAGAUGAGUCAGAGACUACCGUCAGUCUUGACAGCUUGCAAACUACUUUGGAGCUUAUUCAAGAGCUUUUUGCCGAGUAUAGUACUAUCAUGUGCACAAUGGCAGUGUUCAGUGCACAACUUACUGAAAACAGCCCAGAUCGCUGGGUUGUUUCUAUGGUUGUAGUUUUAGUCCAUCAAAUCAUUGACAACUGCAGCUCAAGGUCUAAACUAUACGCAAUCGGAAAGCGCGAUAUUGCUUCUUUUUCCAAUCUCUGCAACUCUCCACAACGAGCUGUAGUGCAGUGCAAUGGUGAACCUCAAGCUCUCACGACCAACCAUAUACAUGUUCAAUACAGUAUUGUCAAGAUCAGUUGCAAUACUGACUCUGUGCAUCAGAAUGCAACUAAUUUUUCAGGAAAGCUAAAUAUGGUGCCUCUAGAUAUCCAUUACGGGUUUGCCCACACUUCAGCAGUGCCAACUAUCAAGUAUGCUUCGGAGAUUACUCAAGUUGCACCCACAUCGAUUCAGCAUUUAUCUCAAUCUGUUUUGUCCAUUUCAAGCAAUGCCGAUUCACCAGAGUCUUUGUCAAGCGUAUCUACACUUGGAUAUCCUAGUCAACCCCACGGCGGUAAUGCCAAGAUAAAGGAAAUAGGAGUUGCCAAACCUGCAAAAAAAUUCAAGCAUUGCAAAGAUUCACCCGUUUCUGAUAUAUUACGUACUAAACAAAACCCUGCUUCUGUCACAAAAACGAUUUUGAUUGUAAAAGGAUCAGCUCUCAAAAAUACAGGUUUAAAGUCUCGCCUGCCGCGACCAAACCACUCUGUAGAAGUGCAAUCUUAUUUAAAGGACUGGAUCACCAAGCAUAAGGCUCAUCCAUAUCCGAGCGAAGAGGCCAAGCAAGCCAUGUGCCUUCAUACCGGUUUAGAACUUAUUCAACUUAACAACUGGUUUAUUAAUGUGUUUGUAACUAUGCAGCUCGAAGGAGUAUAUCAAUAA